GUGAGCAGAAGAGGCGUUGCUGGCGGCAGAGGAGCAGCAGAAAGAAAGGCAACCAAAAAUGAAGUUCACAGACUCGCCGGUGAUCGAGCUCCCAAUCGGAGACAAGGUCCUCUCAAUUCAACAAGACAACGGAUCGAUGCACGUUGGCACCUCCGUCUGGCCGUGCUCCCUCGUCCUCGCUAAGUUCCUCGAGCGCUGGGCAGGAGUCUCGCCCUCCGCUGCAAACCCUUACUCCUCCCUUGUCGAUUUCGGCUCCAAGCACCGCCGGGCCAUCGAGCUAGGCACCGGCUGCGGGGCCGCCGGGAUGGCGCUCCACCUCCUCGGCCUCACCGACAUCAUCCUCACGGAUAUCGCCCCCGUGAUGCCGGCGCUCAAGCACAACCUCAAGCGGAACAAGCAAACCCUAGGUAAGAUGCUGAAGACCUCGAUCCUGUACUGGAACAACGCGGAGCAGAUGAAUUCGCUGAAGCCGCCGUUCGACAUAGUGGUCGCGGCUGACGUGGUGUACAUAGAGGAGUCGGCGGUACAGCUGAUUGGUGCUAUGGAAGCGCUGGUGGCCGACGACGGCUUGGUGCUGUUGGGAUAUCAGUUGAGGUCUCCCGAAGCGCAUAAGCUGUUCUGGGAAAUGUCUGAGACGGUUUUCGAGAUUGAGAAGGUCCCCCAUGAAGAUUUGCAUCCUGAUUACGCUUAUGAAGAGGCUGAUAUGUACAUAUUUCGCAAGAAAAAGAAACAGCAGUAGCUGAAUCCGCGCAACCUUGCUGGUAUGAAACUCUCUUGCUUCUUCCUCUUUUGCUUAAGCAACGACUCCUGGUUUUGCAUUUUGUACUUUAUUUCAGUAAAGUUUUAAUCUUUUAGAAGCCGUAGAUAGUAGUAGGAGCUUAUGCAGACACAAAUAUAUCAGGGUUAGCGAAAUUACAUUUGAACAAGAACAUUGCCAUUCGACAUGGUUGUUUUGGAUUUUUCAUACUUUCAUUUGAUGCUGAUUAAUAUAUAUAUACUGAUGACCCUAUUAGGAUCUUCAUUAGAGCUCUGCACACUCGCUCACAAACAAGAUAUGAGAAAAAGGGCAUUGUGGGUUAUUGUUGAUGAUGCAACAGCGAAGCUGUCUCGUUCUUUACUGAAAUUUAUGAAUGUUGCCUUUGCAUAGGGUUCAUUAUUGUUUCUCUGCCCUUGCGGUGAGGGACUGAGGGUGGAAAAGGAUGAGCGGAUUUGGUGCAGAUUGGUCCAUGCUCGUGAGGGAUUUGUGCUGGCAAUUGAUCACCAGCAGCGAAGGAGGGAUUGAAUAGCACUUGAUCCGUUGAUUGGCGGGAGGGAAUCCUUGUGUUUCAUCAACACUGACUACAGAUCCUACGAGAGAGCCGCUCAACUGAUAGUGGAGAGUAUUAUUGUGCAUUGACAACUGCAAUAACUCUGUUGUCAUAAGAUUCUAUGUUACAAAAAAUGCUUGAAUCACAAGGUAUCCUGCUCAACGGGCAGACUCUGCUAGUUUCAAUAGUAUUUUUACCACUUUAUGAUCCAUUUCUGUAUUGUGAUUGACUUGAGACUUCAUUUCUGUACUCUUACCACCUUAAUAUGAUUAUUCCUUCCCACAGACCACGAUUGGGAAGAGUGAGGUUAUAUGUAUUGGUA